CUGCGAUGUAAUAUGAGUUGCAUAAAGUCUAUGAACUCUUAGAAGCUUAACGCAUAUUUAAGGGCAGAUACGAACAUUAAGGAAGAUAUAACAAGAGAGGGAGGCACAACAGAAAGAGCGCUUAAAUAGGAUCUCUUGCGAGCAACUAAACCAUGUCGAAAUAUAAAACUCCAAAGAGCGUGGAGUCGUAUAUCCGAGAAAAAAGCACUUCAGAUUUGAAAAAUUACAACUUCAAUAACUUCCACACUGCAUACGAGGAGUUAAUGGGUCUUGAUGAGGAAAAGCAGGCGUUUCUUGCUCAAUUAGUGUCGCAUGUUGAGCAGCGGGCCCAAAAUUACACCGCCAUCCAGGGGAAACUAACCGCUGGUGCUACAUACAGCUUGACCCUGACAAAGGAGACCAUUUCGCAGAUUCUGGCCAAAGGAUUUCUUUGCUCUUUUGGCAACAGCUCGAUUGAUUUCAAGGAGCUUUACCAUUCAAAUCGCGACGCGACCUCUGACAGGAUCAAAGUUGAAAAGCUGAAAUGCCUGUUUGAAUACUGGCGAAAGUCCCUGAACGUUACAUCUCAAGAAAGGGUCACAUUUGAUAGAGUGUGCGUAGAAGAGUCUCCCAAAUGGGAGGAAAGCUUUAAUCGCAUGACAACCCUGCAGAAGGUCUGUAAAGACUCCAUGUUCGACAGCCCGCAGGAAUGGGCUCAGGUCGUCUUUGCUAACCCAUCCGUCGGUACUGCAGUCUUGGAGGGAAUAGCUGCCCAAGAGCACUGCAAGUUCAUCAGCACUCCUGAGCUGCUUGCCUGCAGCAUCAUCAGCGAUCAAUUGCGCGACAACGAAGCCCUGGUUAUCUCUGGGGCACACCCAUACGCCAGGGUCAAAGGUUACGCCGGAACAUUCGCUUAUGUUGAUGCUUCGCCCAAGAACUGCUGCGACACGGUUAUUGCCAUCGACGCGCAGAAUUUCUCCAGCAACAAGAGUGAGCAGUAUACAAAGAAAAGCAUUGACAAGGAACUGCUCAAGGCCUAUGCUGGCUUCAAAAACUGUCCUCGGGACACCAUCGUCACUGGCAACUGGGGUGGGGGACGAUUUGAGGGAGACCCCGAGUUGAAAUUGGAGAUCCAAUGGCUGGCCGCCUCGCUUGCAGGCAAAAAUCUGGUUUAUUAUGCUUUUGACGAUACAAAAUUGGAUAAAAUAUUCCACGAUGUGCUAGAGAAGCAUUCUGGAAACGCCGUUGGCGUAGUCUACCAGAACGUCAUGCUACAACGAAACGGCUACAGGGUUCCGCAGAGCCAAAAUGCCUUGGCAAGUGUGACUCGAAAUACGGCAAUGGUUGCUGUUAAUUAAAUAUCUGACAUGUGUUUGGCAAUUUUUGUUCCUAUUAUAAAGUUAGCGUCAGAGUUUCUGCAUUGCAGUAUGUGAAUUUACUGGAUUGUGUGUAGUUUAUUUUAUAAAUUUUGUGAGGUUGUUAAGAAUGAAUACAAAACAAUAAUUACAAAAUCUGCAUAUAUUAAACAAAUGUACACGAUUUAAUUUAAACCACAAAACUGCUCGAUUGCAAGUGUUACAAGUUGCAUCCUCUAGGCAUCUAAAACGUUCAAUUCCCUCAUUUGGUUAAAAAUUAUCGGUGUUUUCAUCAUGUGGCUUCAAACAGUAAGAGUCGGUGGAAAAAUGCAAUUCGGUAUCAUCACAUGAAUGGACACGAGAGUUUGUGUGGUCUUCGUGAGCCUUUCUGAGUCUUUAAAGAUAUAUUUCAAGAAGGUUCAGCACAGGUAAGGCAGCAUCACAGUUCGCGCAAGCAAUGGUUGACACCAUUGUUUCGUCACGCAAUUAAGAAUCAGCUGUUGCAUUGCUACUGGCCAGAGCAUUUAAAAUGCGGGCGGUGAUGAUGGUGGAACAACCGAAUGUGGAUGU